AUGGCGUCAUUCGGCAAUCCCACACAGAUCUUUGGCGACAAUGUGAUCGAGGAGAAGGGCGAGAACGCCCGUCUGUCGGCAUUUGUUGGUGCCAUUGCAGUUGGUGAUCUUGUCAAGAGCACUUUGGGUCCCAAGGGAAUGGAUAAGAUUCUACAGUCUGCGUCAACCGGAGAAAUCCUCGUGACGAAUGACGGUGCUACGAUCUUAAAAUCCAUUGCUCUCGAUAACGCUGCGGCCAAGGUGUUGGUCAACAUUUCCAAGGUUCAGGAUGACGAAGUAGGCGAUGGAACAACAUCUGUCACCGUGCUGUCCGCCGAGUUGCUGCGUGAGGCAGAGAAGUUGGUCAACGCCAAGAUUCACCCCCAGACCAUCAUCGAGGGAUAUCGGAUAGCCAGCCGGGCUGCGCUGUCCGCUCUUGAGAACAUUGCCAUCGACCGAAGCACGGACCCCGAGGCUUUCCGCAAGGACCUUCACGAUAUCGCCCGUACUACUCUGAGCUCGAAGGUUCUGUCGCAGGACCGUGACCACUUUGCCCGAUUGGCCUGUGAGGCCGUUCUACGUCUCAAGGGUUCCACGGACCUUAGCCACAUCCAGAUCAUCAAGAAGGCCGGCGGCAAGUUGAACGAUUCCUACUUGGAUGAGGGUUUCAUCCUGGACAAGAAGAUUGGUGUCAACCAGCCUAAGCGUUUGGAGAAUGCGAAGAUCCUGGUUGCCAACACCGCCAUGGAUACAGACAAGGUCAAGAUUUUCGGCGCUCGUGUCAAGGUCGAGUCGACCGGCAAGCUGGCCGACCUGGAGAAGGCUGAGCGCGAGAAGAUGCGGGCUAAGGUGGAGCGGAUCAAGUCUCACGGAAUUAACUGCUUCGUUAACCGACAGCUCAUCUACAACUGGCCCGAGCAGCUGUUCACGGAGGCUGGUAUUAUGUCCAUUGAGCACGCCGACUUUGACGGUAUUGAGCGUCUGGCUCUCGUCACUGGAGGUGAGAUUGCGUCAACCUUCGACCACCCCGACCAGGUGAAGCUGGGUUCUUGUGAUCUGAUUGAGGAGGUCAUCAUUGGUGAAGAUACCCUGAUCAAGUUCUCUGGUGUGGCUGCUGGCAAGGCCUGUACUAUUGUUCUGCGUGGUGCUACCGAGCAGCUUCUGGAUGAAGCUGAGCGUUCUCUCCACGAUGCCCUGGCUGUGUUGUCCCAGACCGUCAAGGACCCCCGUGUCACCCUUGGUGGUGGUUGCGCCGAGAUGGUGAUGUCCAAGGCUGUUGAGCAAGCUGCACAGAACACCACCGGCAAGAAGCAACUGGCCGUGGACGCGUUUGCCCAUGCUCUCAAGCAGUUGCCCACCAUUCUGGCCGACAAUGCUGGUCUGGAUUCCAGUGAUCUGGUCACUCGUCUGCGACAAGCUAUCAACAAUGGCAUGACCAGCUCUGGUCUGGAUCUGCUGACCCCCGGUGGAGGCAUUGCGGAUAUGCGCGAGCUUGGUGUAGUGGAGGCAUACAAGUUGAAGAAGGCGGUAGUGUCAUCUGCCUCUGAGGCUGCUGAGCUUCUCCUGCGUGUGGACAACAUUAUCCGUGCCGCGCCUCGUCAACGGAACCGGAUGUAA